UACGAUUCUGUGAUUCUGUGAUUUUGGAACUUUAUAGGAUAAAGGAAUGGAUCUCCGUGUGGGUGUCGGAGUGAUGCUGAGGUGUCACCGUGAAAGCGUGCAGCCACAUCCAGCCUGCAGAAGGUAGAGCAGGAAGGAGAGGCAAGAGGGAAGCAGGCUGUGGUGGCUGAAAUCAGAAGGGAAAAUGUGAUCGUUAUUGUGCAAAAUGCCCUUUAUCGCUGAGCAAAAGGCGUUGUUACUCCUUAAUGUCAGGGAAAACCGCUUUCAGUGGGAAAUUCUUGACGCCUGCUGUGGCAGCCGGUAGAAGUAAUAUCUUGACCGUUAGGUCUACGCUAUUUUUCCUCAGGAAUUUUACAUCGUUUCAUAGCAUACAGCAGUUUCUCUCCACAAAACACACUCUGCCGCCUGGCUUCUUAACGCUGGCGGUUGCAAUCCGGCAGCCUUUGAUGUAAAGCUUCCCUUCACUCGCUUGGAGCUGACAAACGGCGCGGGGCUGUGUUGUGUCACGUGACGGCACGCCGAAAUCCCCCAGUACCGCAGUACGCUGCAGCACGGCUUUAAUGCGGAUUACCUGGAGAUGGCCGUACCGCCCCGUGUCACCCGGCUGCAGCGCGAGGUGAAGCGCUGUGACGUCCCCAGCCUUGCUGCAGUACCUUGCAGGAACUUCUCAGCACCUGAUUUAUAUUGUUUUAUGAUGCGAUAUUCUGGGAAGCACAGCACAGAGGUGACUGCCCAAAUGUUUUUCAGGGAAUAUUUCAUAAAUCUUAAGAAUGACAAGCAGAGAAGAGAAAAGGAAUGAGGAGAGAAGGUUAAAGGAAGCCGUUGGCUCCCACCUGAGAUUUGACCUCAGAAGGAGAAUCCUGGAGGUGAACAGGAGGUGACUCAGACAAGAAGUGAAAGAAGAUAAUGUUUUACAGAGAGGCAUCUGCAGUCCUCAGACAAGUGAGAGGGCAGUUGAGAAAAUGCUGCUGGACUUCUCUUCCAGCUGUCUGUAUGACAAGAAAACCAUUAAAAAUGAAAAAAUUCACACUGUUUGAUUUUAUAAAUGACAACUCACUGCAAAUUGGAGAGACUUCCUGGAUUCAGAAUCUUCCCAGUGAUGACAGUGAACUAGAAGGAUUUCUGAAACCAAAUGAACAUGUGCUGGUAAACUGGCCUGUGGCAGAAAGAAAGACAGAAAAGCAUCUAGUGAAAGUUGUAUACAUGAGUGAUGAUCCCCAAGAGCUGGUGGAAAUGAUGCAAAAGAUACUACAGGAGGAUGAAAUUACGAAAAUACAGGUCCUUGGAAAAGGCAAGAGGAAGAGGAUAGAAAUGAUAUUCUCAGAAAGCGAAGACAGUGAUCUGGGUAAAGAACAGCAGAAGAUGGUGAAGCAUAUAAAAAGAAAAAAAGCAUUUCAGGCAUCAGCUUCUGCCAGCAUCCUGAGUCAACUUGAAACAUCUUUAAUUAACAAACAGAGAGAACCAUAUUCAGGAAGCAACUUUCUAUGCAGUGAAAGCAGCAGUGAUGAUGAAGAGCCUUUAUUUCAAUUAUCCAAGGUGGAACUGUGUGCCAAAAUAAAAAGUCUCAAGAGGAAGCUGACAGACACCAUGAGAGAAAACUGCCGCCUGAGGCAGUCCCUGGUGAUGCUUCAAGUGUUGCCACAGGCAGUCACUCAUUUUGAGGAACUGGUAGGGAUGGCUGAAGCAUUGCUCAAAGGGGGAGUGACAACGUCUACAUCCAGUCUUCAUUCCCAUGCUGUUUGGAAAGCAUCUAACAACUCUUUAGCAGAUGUGUAUGCAGCUAUGCAUAGUAACUCCAGCUCACCAAUAUCUUUGAAUGUGGAAGAUGAGGAGCAACCAACUGAAAAACAGUUCAAGAUUGAGAAGUGGCAGAUUGCACUUUGUAACAAGAGCAAACCUCAAAAGUUUAUAAACGACUUGAUGCAAGCACUUUAUACGCAUGAGUACAUGGCUACACACAGCCUGACAGGUGCAAAGUCAUCCUCUUCAAAGGAUAAAGCAGCGAAACCAGCUAUGAAUCAGAAUGAAGUUCAGGAAAUCAUAGGAAUUACAAAACAGUUGUUUCCAAACACAGAUGAUGCUUUAAUUAGGCGGAUGAUGGGACAAAAACUGAACAAUUGCACCAAGAAGCCAAUUUUAAGCAAAGAUCUUAACUCAGGUGCUUUUCAGAAGCAUGGUUUUUGUGGUUCAGCAGCUGCUCCUCAGGGCAUCAUCCCUUUGGCUGCUCCUCCCAGCACGCAAGACCAGCAGGAUGAUGAUACAACAGCUGCUAAUGCACAAAUUCAGCAGAGCCACAGCCAUCUGACUCCUCCACCUUUCAGCAGCCAAGGUGAGCAGGAGCGUUUCAAACCUACUUCUGAGGUGGAGUCUCAUCUCUCCAGAAGCUCACAAGCGCCCUCUGCCAACCAGGGUUGUGGACAGGAUCUCAGGAAUUCCGACAAGGAAUAACAAUGUACUUCAUGCCAGCUCAAGUUCCCGUUGGAGAUGAAGGAAUAAUAUAAAAUUAAAAUGAAAUAAUAUUUAUUGGGCCUAGCACCAUUGUACAGAGAUACUGCAAGCAGAGUAGAAGCUUGGGAGCAAUUCCUCAAGUGAAAAUCCCUCAGCUUAGGAAAAAUGAAGGCAUAUUAAUAUAUUUGGCUUUAAGAUAUUAUUAAAUAAAUGCAUGUUAUACUGUAAUUCAAAGAUAUAUAAACUUGAUCCAAAGAAUACAGGAACUGCUCCCCUUAGUUAGAAAAACACCACGUCAUUUAAAGUAACACCAACAGAAUUUGUAAGAGGAUCCUUAAUGCUCUUGCUUUCACCUUAACAGCUGAUGGAAAAUUGCUUUACUGAGCAGAAAAAGCUAUUACAUGUUGAUACAAAAGAGAUACAGAAGUAUGAAAGGAAAUUUAUAUUUGAGGAUGCUGUUAACUUAGAAGGAACAAAAAAUCUCAGGGCAGUGAAACUAUACUUCCUGAGAUGUCUGCAAGAAAGAAACAGCUCAUUUUUAACCUACAGAAGUUGGAAAGGCAAUGAAAGAAACCUCAUUCUUUCUUAGCUCAGGAAAGAAUGCCCUAGGAUAGCUUGGCUGGGUUGUGGAGGCCAUGGCUUCCCUCAUAGGCUUUUUGAUGCUGAUGCUUUGGUUUGGCAGCUCUCAUUCUCUCUUCCCUGGCCUCUGGGUCCAGAAGAUAAAGGUAACAGUUACCCCAGAAAAUGGAAGUUUCCCAGCCAGAAAAUCAAAGAUAAUCUCUGGAAAGCAGCUAGUAAAGGACAGAGCUGCCAGCUCUUCCUCUGUAUGUCUAGAUUUUUGGUACGCUGCUGUUCAAUUAAAGAGUAGGUGGAGAGGUAGAGCUUGUUCCUCACGGGGUUGGCACCAGAAGUCCUCCAUCAGCUGGGUAGUUCCUCUUGAGCUCUGACAUCAUUGUCCCAGGGGCAAAACUAGCAGUCAUGCACCCUGUAAUUGCCUGAGAAGGAUGAGGAAUGGUACUUUUUUUUUUCCUCUGUGGACUGAUUCCAGUUCUGUAGUGUGGGAAAGAGAGAACACUUGGAUUAUAACUUUCACACUUGAGGGUAUUUCUUUCAGAACAGAGAGUACUAACAGUUAAAUCUAUUUCAUACUUGGCAAACAUGCAAUUAAUGAAUCAAGAUGGAAAAAAAAAACAAAAACAAAACAAAAAUAACAUGACUAACUUCAUCUGAGGACUUCUAGAACUAGAAACAGUAGAAGGGUGAAUGCAAGGAAAAAAUCAGAAGGUAAGGUUAGCAACUGAAUACCUCUGAAGAGAAGUGCUGCAAACCUUCCUUUAUCAGAACAAUGCACUAAUAAAAUACACUGUAGAGAAGACUUCUGGAUGGGAUGGGGGAUAACUAAAGUGAUCUACUAGCCUCAUUCAGCUCUCAUGUCUACCAAUUCCUUGUAAAUAGGAUUAAGAUGAAAGCAAAUAGGACAAUGUGAUGUAAAUUCCACCUCACUGCCAUGCAUCAAAUGUAACUGGAGGAUGUUUGCUAUUAUAUAUAUUUUGUAUAUGUAUCUGUAUAUACAGCAUACAAGAAUGUAUAUAAUUAAUCAUAUUUUUGAAGCAGAUUUCUAUCAAAUAAAAUGAAACAUUACUA